CAUCGCACCGUGAUGAGCUCCACCAUCCGCCCUUCUCUCCAGAAGCGGGCUUUCGGGCCUCAAUGGAUUCGCCCCUCGUCACGCAGCUCUUCCGCCAGCUUUUCUCCCACCGCGCAUCGCAAUGUAUUGCCCGCGGAGCUCGACCCGCUCUCGCGACCGCCCGCUGCCCGCAUAUCCAGAGACGAGGAAAGGCUACACGGCUAGGUGAGGGGGAGACAAGAAGAGAGAGUCGAUGGCAGCCGCGGAGGAACGUCUUCCCACAUGAAAGGACGGAAGAGUUUGAUCGGUAUCCAAUGGUCACGGCAGAUAUGCUGAAGCUGCGGAAAGAAAGACCACGAAGAGUGAAGAUGCUGCUGCGGGACUUUAUAGAAGACAGCCUUUACAAUCCCCACUACGGCUACUUCUCCAAGCAGGUCGUCAUCUUCUCCCCCGGCGAUCCCUUCGACUUCACCUCCAUGGCCUCAGAGCAUGAAUUCUUCCAGCAGCUCCGCCAGCGGUACACCUCCUUCGAAGACGCACUCGACUACCAAGAACCCAAUGACCUGCGGCAGCUCUGGCAUACGCCCACCGAGCUCUUCUCCCCCUACUAUGGGGAAGCCAUCGCGCGCUACCUUGUCGAGGACUACAAGUACAACUUCUACCCCUACCACGACCUCAAUAUCUACGAAAUGGGCGCAGGCAAUGGUACCAUGAUGCUGAAUAUACUCGACUAUAUAAGAGACGUGCAUCCCGAGGUGUAUGAGCGGACGCAGUUCAAGAUCAUUGAGAUUUCGAGCCAGUUGGCGCAUUUGCAGCAGCAGGGGCUCGGACAGAGCGCGUAUGCGAGGGGGCACUCGGACAAAGUGGAGAUUGUCAAUAGGAGUAUCUUCGACUGGGAGCAGUACGUAUCUAGCCCGUGCUAUUUCCUUGCGCUGGAGGUUUUCGAUAAUUUUGCGCACGAUGCGCUGAAGUACGACCACGAGACCGGCAGCCCGUACCAGUCGCACGUUGUCAUCGACCCGCGUGGCGAGCUGUUCGAAUACUACUCUCGCACGCUGGACCCGGUCGCAGCGCAGUUCCUCGAAAGGCGGCACGCAGCCUGUAAAUCCUACCCACAUCCGCUGCAAGGUUCGCGGAUCGUGUCGAAUCUACGCUCCCUGUUACCCUUCAGAGGGUCGCUCAGUGUACCGGAGUACAUACCCACGCGGCUGAUGCAGUUCUUCUACAUUCUGUACUCGAAGUUUCCAAACCACAAGCUCAUCAGCAGCGACUUCAACAAGCUAAGCGACGCAGUGGAAGGUUUGAAUGCGCCGGUGGUACAGACGAGGUAUAAGAGGCAGAUGAUUCCCGUCUCUACGCCUCUUGUCCACCAAGGCUACUUCGACAUACUCUUCCCAACCGACUUCGAGGUCAUGGAGCCUAUGUACACAGCAAUAACGGGGAGAUUCGCGCGCACAUAUUCGCACGAGGACUUUAUGUGGGGCAGAGCAGAUAUUGAAGAGACGCAAACGAAGAACGGGGAGAACCCGCUGUUGAGCUGGUAUAAGAACGCUAGCGUCAUGAUCACUGUGUAGAUACUGAAAUAUCCCCUAAACGUAGCCAAGCUGGCUAUUGUAUAAAUACCAUGUCUCAAGAUAGGACCAUCGUAGAUUAAAGCAUUCCGAUGUGACGCAAGCGCUUC